AUGCCACGUAUUUCAAUCUAUCGUCAGCUGUGGGUUUUCAUUCUUUUUACUUUACUAUUCUUUAUUUUUUAUGAAUUAAUAUCGAUCAAAACAAACAAUCAUAAUGAACUUAUUGAUGAUUAUACUCACUGUCUUCUUGAUGUUCAUCAAGCAUUAGAUUCAUUAUCUAUUCCAUGGUUUAUUACAUUUGGUAGUGCUCUUAUGUAUUGGCGUUCAAAAAAUUUUAUUUCUCAUGAUAUAGAUAUUGGAAUUUUUUAUAAAGAUUUGAAACAAAAAGCUAUUAGAGAUAGAAAAUUCGUAUCAAUAAUGAGAAAAAAAUUUCAUUUUAAAUUUCUUCAUCGUUAUGGUCGAAUAAAUCAUGGACAAGAAUGGACAUUUUCAUGUCCAAAAUCAAAGAUUUCCAUUGAUAUUUUUGUUUAUUAUCCUUUAAAUGAAUUAAAUAAAUCAUCAGAUUAUUGGUCAGCAACUUAUCAUGGUUUAUGUAAUAAUAUGAUUUAUAAAAAAUGUCGAUGGAAAUUUAAACAGUUUAAUUUAACAACAUUUGAAAUGUUUAAAAAGAAAUUUUAUAUUGUUCCAAUAGAAUUUAUUGAAGAACGAUAUGGAAAAAAUUAUACGAUACCACAUAAAUAUAGUUAUUUUGAAUCAUUAAAAUUUUUACCAAAUUUAAUUGAAGAAUAUAAUGUUGAUAUAGAAAAUAAUAAACAACAGUAA